CGGGCGCAGGGCGGCGGCGGCGCCGGCCCCGGUUUCGGGAUCGGCCCGGGCUCGGGAUGGCGGGGCCGGGGCUGGAGCGCUACCGGCUGGCGCUGCUGGCGGCGCGGGAGGACGUGGGGAACCCCCGCGCUGCCACCGACUGGGCCGUCUUCGGCUAUGAGAAGCACCACGACCUCAAGCUCCUGGAUUCCGGAGCUGGGGGGCCGGAUGAGCUCGCUGGAAAAUUCUCCGCCAGCAGCGUCAUGUACGGGCUGUGCCGGGUCCCCGAUCCCGGCACCGGCACCCCCCGGAUCGUCCUCAUCAGCUGGGUGGGGGAGAAGGUGCCGGAAUCGCAUCGAGCGGAGCGUGCAGGGCACCUGCCGGCCAUCCGGAGCUUCUUCAGGGAGGCCACGGCCCUGGUCAGCGCCCGCCACCCCGAGGACGUGACGCUGGAGGGGCUGCGCCGGGCGCUGGCACAGCUGGAGCCCCCCGCCCCCCGCGCCCCCAGGAGGGGAACCCUCCCGGACAUCCCGGAGCUGGUGGGAACCAACUACCGCAAGACCAACCCGGCGCUGGAGAUCCAGCGCACCCAGCGCCAUUCCUUCUGGGAACAGGCCGAGCGGGAGGAGCAGCAGCGGAAGGAGGAGGAGCGGCGGCGGGAGCGGGAGCAGCGGCGGCGCUGGGAGAAGGAGCGCUUGGAGGAGGAGCGGCGCGGGGCCGCGGAGCGGGAGCGGCGGCUGCAGGAGCGGGAGCGGCUCAUCGAGGAGCGGCGGCAGGAGCAGGCGCGGCUGGACGCGGAGGAGCGGAAGAAGGAGCAGGAGCGAUGGGAGCAGCAGCAGCGGGAGCACGAGGCGGCCGAGCGGGAGCGCAGGGCGAGCAGAGGGGGCAGCGGCACUGCGGCCGAAGCCGCCAUCCUCGUCUCGCAGCGCACCCAGAACCCCAGGGAAUUCUUCCGGCAGCGGGAGCGCUCGGGGUCCACGUCCGGCCCCACCCUGCCCGGUGGCCCCCCCGGUGCCCGCCGGCCCUUCCUGCGGUACCAGCGCAGCCUGACGGAAUCCGCCUUCAUCUUCCGCCGGCCGGAGCCCCCGACCCCCCCACCCGGCGUCUCCUGCGGGGCACCGCCCCCCAGCCCGGGCCGACCCCCUCCGCCCCUGCCCCCCAGCCCCGCGGGGACAGGGACCCCCCAGUGUGCCACCUUGGGGACCCCCACCAGCCCAGCUCAAGCAGGGUCCCCCCAUGCCACCAGUCCUGUGGGGACAGGGACCCCCCAGUGUGCCACCACCGGGACCCCCAUCAGCCCAGUGGGGAGUGGGACCCCUCCCUCUGCCACUCUGGGGACCCCCUCGAGCCCAGCCCGAGCAGGGUCUCCCCAUGCCAUCAGUCCUGUGGGGACAGGGACCCCCCAAUGUGCCAUCACCGGGCCCCCCCCCAGCCCUGCAGGGACAGGGACUCCUCCCUCUGUCACCCCAAGGAGCCCUCCCAGCUCUGUGGUGAUGGGGACCCCCAAAUGUGCCACCUCUGGGACCCCUCCCAGCCCCAUGGGAACAGGGACCCCUCACUCCAUCACCCUGGGGACCCCCCAUUCUGUCACCACCAGGUCAAGAUCCCCACCUGUCAUGUCUGGGCCCCCCUUCAGCCCCCCCAGGAUGGAGGUGCCCCCUGGCUCCCCUGGGUCGGGGUACCCUGACAGCACUUACGGGGUAGAGCCCUUGCCUCUCCCCAGCACUCCUGGUUUGGGGUCCCCCCCCAGACCCUCUCGGAAUGAGGAAGUCCCCUCCCUGGACAUUCCCCCCCUCCCCAGCCCCCUGGACUCGGGGAGCAAUGGAAUUGGGGGGCACGAGUGGGAGGCUGGAGGCCCCUGGGAGCCGGGACCUGCCCAGGGACAGGGGGAUGAGCCCAGCGAGAGCCUCGUCCUGCACAAAGCUACACCAGGCUUCGCCCUCCUGCUGGCCCGUGACACUCCCCACCCACCACUGCUGGGGGGUCCCAGCCCCCCCAAGGAGGACGAGGACCUCUCCCCCCACGCCGUGUAACCAGGGGGCCCAGCACUCCCUUUUGGGGGGCAGUUCCCCCUAUGGCACCACAGCCUCCUCCCCACACAUCACCCCCCCCAGCACAGCCCCCAGCCCUCCACUUGCACACCAAUGAGCAUCCUGGGGAGGGGGCAGCACCCCUGACCCCCCUGCCAAUGGCAGCAUGGGGGGGGGCACAGAACCCCUCCGUGGGCACAGGGACCCCCCCCCCCCAAUCACACACAGCAGCUGUUAAAUAAAUUUUAAUGCAAA